AUGUUGUCAACCAUACCACCCGCUACAACUUCAUUUUCCUUCCCCCACUCCUCUGAAAGGCCCGUACGAAAGACUAACCUGGUUCGGGGUCCUUCCAGGCUUACCCUCCGAGACCACUCAGCAUCAACAUCCAUUCCCGCCUCCAACGAUUCCAACGCCUCCACCGAUGAGCAGAAAUCCAACUAUAUAGGACCGAUAGUGGGCGGUGCAGUCGGCAUAGUCGUCAUCAUCUUUUUGUUCGUUUUGGGAGUCCUAUGGGUUAGGAGGAAGUUUCGGGUCAAUCCUUCGCGAACAACCCAGCAAGCGUACCCUUUCACAUCCCUCUCUAGCCCAACAGCCCAUCCAACCAGUUCGUCAACGCGCACCAAAUUGAAGAAAUGGAGGAAUAGUGAUACCCACUCGCACGACAAAAUUGCUUACCCGACGAUUACACCAUAUACGGCCCAUCUCGAAGACGAAUACCUGUUGAAGGAUCAAGGCGUAGAUGUAGGGAUUUCGGUGCAUCCAGAACUCCACCCCUAUCAGAGCCAUCGUCAAUCCAAUAGUCAACAUCACCUCUCAGCGCCGCCGCCGCCGCCGCCGACAUCGAACUCGACUCACCGACGUGAGGAAACUGGCAACGACAUAAUCACCAAACCUCGUCUAACGAGAGGCCACGAUCGAGACGCCAGCUCGAGCUCGUUGAUGGGGAGCAUGGAACAUGGCAGAGGGCAUGGAAGAGGAACCCACAGUCGAAAUGCAAGCUCGAGCACGCUGGCAGCUGCCUCCACAUCGCAGGACCCGUCGUCGACAUAUGCCGAUCCAUUUGCAACAGGUUCGACGCCUAACCUGGGCCCGACUCACCUUUGGCAACCCUCGUCGCAUUCGUCUCAGUCAUCUCUGCAGAGGCCACAGCAGUCUCACCUUUAUCCCCCACCACGGUCUCCGCAAGUGGGAUCAACCAGCCCCAACUCGAGUCCCGCUCCGAUCUCGACGUCCACCACUAGUUUUGCUUCGCAGCAGGACACGCGUAACCCAUAUACCCAGGUCAGCGAGGCGGGAGAUACGGAACCUCCUCCUCCAGAAUACGAAUCAGCUAUUCGAGAUCCUCCCCCAGGGCAUCGGUUUUAA